AUGAAUUACAGUGCUUCCCCUACAUCUGGUUUAGACUAUGAUCCUAAUCCUUAAUUGGCAAUUGAUAGAGAAUUGAAUGAAAAUUACAUACCAAGAUAUUAAAGAUUCGCCCCGAGGUUUAAGCCAUACACACUUGAAGAUGUUGAGAUUGAAAGGAACUAAGUUUAUCCUUUCAAUAAACCAAAAGCUCCCAUUGAAAAUACUUAUAUCAACUAUCUUCCGCAUUAAAACCCUUACAAUAGUGUAGCUCAUUUCGAUCCUUUGUCUUACCAGGCUCCAUAUAAUGGUGCAAACUAUCCUUAUCCCUACUAAUCUUUAUUGCCUUAUGGAUAAUUUGCUCCUAAUGUAAUACCCUAGCAUUAUGUAGCUGCAGAAAAGUAGAAAUCAUUCCUAGACACAUUAAAACGUUAGUAACUAGAUUUAAAACUCAAAAUAGAAGUGGAAAAAUUAGAAUAAGCCAAAAAGAUCCUUGAAGCAGAAGUAUAUAGAGAUUUAAAGAAAAAAAUGAAAAAAGAAUAUAAGAGAUAGAAACGAGAUUUGAACGACAAAGAUGAUAUUGAGAUGAUGGAGGUUAUAAAAAAGCAUCAUGACCAUCUAUAAAAUUUAGGUGAAGGGAUUGAAGAUAAUCAUAUGUGGCUUUUGAUUCGAGAGAACGAUAUUUAGUAAAAGAAGGCUGAUUAGAUAGGCCUAGCUCAUGAAAUAAGAUAGACAAGAAUUGGUAAAGAGAGAGUUAAAUUUAUGAAAAAAGCAGAAGAGGAAAAAAUAAGGAAGAAGAUGGAGGAUAUUAGAAGGAAGUAAGAGGAAAUUCAAAGAAAGCUAAGAGAAGCAGCAGAGAAGGCUGAGGAAGAGUAACAAAUGCUGCUUGAAAAGAAAUAGAAUUAGAAGUAAAGGAAAAAGUAAAACAGAGAGAAUUUCUAGAAAUAGAUGCAACUACCAUCUAAUCCACUUCAUCAAACUCCUGGGUUGAGAUCUUCCUAGAGCCAAAAGCUAUUCACUGCAGCUUCAAAGAAGAGUGCGUAUGCUGGUAUAGAUCCACAUUAUGCACCUCAUCCUCAUUAUUAUCCCCCCUUUCCACUACCUGAUGAAGGACAGCAAUUUUAUUUUCCACCUCUAAGUUGA